AUGCCUUUCCUUCACCACAGCAACCGCUUGCUACUAUUGGCAGCAGUAUGGUUCACCGCUGCACUAGCCCAAGACGACGGAUUUAAAUCGAGCGGCAACGAAAGUAAAGACAAACAAGAAAGUUGGCUCCAGCAGCAUGAUCGGUUUAUUUUUAUCAUUAUCAUCGGUCUUCUGCUUCUUGGCUUGUUGAUAUGGUAUAUCGUGCGAAGUGUCAAAGGCAUGCGCAAACGUCUGGAACGUGAAAAUCAAGAUCAAAUGCUCAUGAUGCAGCGAGCAGGCAUCAGCUCGCAUUAUGUACCUGAAACCGUACCUAUUCCCAUGGACCACUACAACAAAGACGACCACUAUUCCAUGUCAGCCGCAUCUUCUACUCCCAUCCACACCCAUCGUUACUGA